AUGCAGGCGCGCUACUCCGUGUCCAGCCCCAACUCUCUGGGAGUGGUGCCCUACCUCGGCGGCGAGCAGAGCUACUACCGCGCGGCGGCGGCGGCGGCUGGGGGCGGCUACACCGCCAUGCCGGCGCCCAUGAGCAUGUACUCGCAUCCCGCCGCACAUGCGGAGCAGUACCCGGGCGGCAUGGCGCGCGCCUACGGGCCCUACACACCGCAGCCGCAGCCCAAGGACAUGGUGAAGCCGCCCUACAGCUACAUCGCCCUCAUCACCAUGGCCAUCCAGAACGCGCCCGACAAAAAGAUCACCCUCAACGGCAUUUAUCAGUUCAUCAUGGACCGCUUCCCCUUCUACCGGGACAACAAGCAGGGCUGGCAGAACAGCAUCCGCCACAACCUCUCGCUUAACGAGUGUUUCGUCAAGGUGCCGCGCGACGACAAGAAGCCGGGCAAGGGCAGCUACUGGACGCUGGACCCGGACUCGUACAACAUGUUCGAGAACGGCAGCUUCCUGCGGCGCCGGCGGCGCUUUAAGAAGAAGGAUGCGGUGAAGGACAAGGAGGAAAAGGACCGCCUGCACAUCAAGGAGCCGCCCGCACCGCCCGCACCGCCCGAGCAGGCCGACAGCGGCGCUCCCGGGAGCGCGGGGCCGUCCGGUGCUCAGCCGCAGCCCGUACGCAUCCAGGACAUUAAGACCGAGAACGGUACGUGCUCCUCGCCGCCCCAGCCCAUGUCCCCGGCUGCCGCUACCGCCGUGCCGAAGACCGAGAGCCCCGGCAGCAGCAGCGGCAGCUUGUCGAGCGGGAGCAGCCCCCGUGGCGGGCUCCCAGCGGCGCGCCCACUCAGCCUGGACGGCGCGGAGCUCGCGCCCGCGCCCCCGCCCCCCGCGCCCCCCGCGCCGCCACCACAUCACAGCCAGGGCUUCAGCGUGGACAACAUCAUGACGUCGUUGCGAGGGUCGCCGCAGGGCGCGGCCGCCGAGCUCAGCUCGGGCCUGUUGGCCUCAGCAGCAGCCGCCGCGUCCUCCCGGCCGGGCCUGGCGCCCCCGCUCGCGCUCAGCGCCUACUCGCCCGGCCAGAACUCCCUCUACAGCUCGCCGUGCAGCCAGAGCUCCAGCGCUGGCAGCUCCUCUGGGGGAGGCGGCGGCGGCGGCGGCGGAGGCGGCGCGGGGGGCGCCGGGGGCGCCGGGACCUACCACUGCAACAUGCAGGCCAUGAGCCUGUACGCGGCUGGCGAGCGCGGCGGCCACCUGCAGGGUGCGCCCGGGGGCGCGGGCGCUUCGGCGGUGGACGACUCCCUGCCCGACUACUCGCUGCCUCCGGUCACCAGCAGCAGCUCCUCGUCCCUGAGUCACGGCGGUGGCGGCGGGGGAGGCCAGGAGGCCGGCCACCACCCUUCGGCCCACCAAGGUCGCCUCGCUUCGUGGUACCUGAACCAGGCGGCAGGAGACCUGGGCCAUUUGGCGAGUGCGGCGGCGGCGGCGGCUGCCGCCGGCUACCCGGGACAACAGCAGAGCUUCCACUCGGUGCGAGAGAUGUUCGAAUCGCAGAGGAUUGGCUUGAACAACUCUCCAGUGAACGGCAAUAGCAGCUGUCAGAUGGCCUUCCCUUCCAGCCAGUCUCUGUACCGCACGUCCGGGGCUUUCGUCUAUGACUGCAGCAAGUUUUGA